CCAAAACCCCACCCCUCACUUCAAAAAACUUUAUCUGUCAUUUGUCAACAUAUUCCGGAUUCCGGUUGUUGGUUUUUUUAACAUUACGGAUUUUUGAAGAAAGCUCUAGAAAAAUCAAAAACUGAACCUAUUAAAAAUUAAUUAAUUGUAUGUCUUUGAAGACAUUGCAAUGAACUGCAGAAUAAAAGUGUUCAUUUUUAUUGUCCUCAUAAGUGCAGGAGCAUUAGGUGAAAAUAAUGAUGAUGAAGAAGUGACAGUAGAAACAGUAGAAGAAACUAUCCCAGAUAUCAAAUAUGAAAGCCCUGUACCCAUCGACCCUAAAAAGGUCUAUUUUGCUGAACACUUUGAUGAUUUAGCCCAUUUUCAAAAACGAUGGAUUAAAUCACAAGCCAAAAAAGAUGGUAUAGAAGAGGAAAUAGCCAAAUAUGAUGGGCGAUGGGAAGUUGAAAACUCCCAAAAAGACAAUUUACCAGGAGAUAGUGGCCUUGUCUUAAAGACAAAAGCAAAGCAUGCUGCUAUUUCAGCACAUCUAUCGAAACCGUUUGUAUUCGCAGAUAAACCAUUGAUAUUGCAAUAUGAAGUACUAUUGCAAGAAGGUCAGGAAUGUGGAGGAGCUUACUUGAAAUUAUUAAGUGAAGGUACUGAAACUAAGAACUUGAAUAACUUCCAUGACAAAACUCCUUAUACAAUCAUGUUUGGACCAGAUAAAUGUGGAAAUGAUCAUAAGUUACACUUCAUUUUUAGACACAGGAACCCAAUAAAUGGAAGUUUAGAAGAAAAACAUUGCCAGAAGCCCAAAGAACGAAUCGAAGAAUAUUUUUCAGAUAAAUUGCCUCACCUUUACACUUUAAUUCUCAACCCUGAUAACACAUAUGAGAUUUCUGUAGACAAGAAGCUUGUUAAUUCUGGAAGUUUGCUUGAAGAUUUUGUUCCUCCUGUGAAUCCUCCUGCUGAAAUUGAUGAUCCUAAUGAUAAAAAACCUGAGGAUUGGGAUGAAAGAGAGAAAAUCCCAGAUCCUGAAGCCACCAAACCGGAAGACUGGGAUGAAGAUGCUCCCGCCCAAAUAUUUGAUGAAUCUGCUGUCAUGCCUAGUGGAUGGCUAGAAAAUGAACCAUCACAUAUCUCCGAUCCAGAUGCAAUCAAACCUUCUGACUGGGAUAGUGAUAUGGAUGGCGAAUGGGAACCACCAUUGAUAGAAAACCCUGCGUGUACUUCGGCACCUGGUUGUGGUCACUGGGAACCACCACUAAUUAAUAAUCCGGCUUACAAAGGAAAGUGGAGGCCACCAAUGAUUGACAAUCCUAAUUAUAAAGGCAAAUGGAGGCCUAAGAAGAUACCUAAUCCAGAAUUCUUUAAUGAUGAACAUCCAUUCAGAAUGACUACAGUGUCUGCUAUUGGUUUUGAGUUGUGGUCUAUGUCACAAGAUAUUCUUUUCGAUAAUAUAAUUAUUACUGAAGAUAUUACCAUUGCCGACAAGUGGGCUGCAGAUACUUUUGACAAAAAACGUCAGAAAAUUGCCAAGGAUUCUGAGAGCUUAGUGCAAAGGUUGGCCAGUCUAACCAAUGAAUAUCCAAUAUUAUGGGCAGUUUACAUACUUGUCCUUGCCGUACCAGUAGUUUUUAUAUUGUACCUAUGCUGCAAACCAAGUUCUUCAGCUAGUCAGGAAAAAGAAGAACUGAGUCAAGCAGCUGAGAAGAAAAAGACUGAUGAAGCGACUGAAGAUAUAGAAGAAAAUGAAGUGAAUGAAGUAGAAGAUGAAGUUGAGGGUGAUGGUGAUGCGAUUGAUGAUGAAGAGGAAGAGAAGAAUUCUGAACCAGAUUCGGAAGAAGAUAAUGAAGCAAUAGAGUCUGGAGAGGGCGAACCAAAAAGUAAACCAUCGGCUGAUGGGACCAGAAAGAGAAAAGCGCGAAAAGAAUAAAUUGUGUACCAUUCUAAAUUCAAAGGGGCAUCCAUUUGAGAAUUUUUGCCAACACCAAUUUUAUUUUCGAAAUACCUUCUAAAUUAUUGUUGUGUUGAGGUGGUAGCUGAAUUUUUUUUAACUAUUGUCUCCUGUAUCUUAUGUCACAUUGUGAAAUGUUUCUCUUUCGUUAAAUGCGUUAUUAAUAAAAUUGUAUUUUGAUAAAAUAGCGAAGAAGAGAGUUUUUUUGCGUCAUGGAAGAUUGUUGGACUAAUAUUAGUUUUAGUAAAUUAUAUUCGUACUAUGUCUUGCUUGUCGUUUAGAAUAAAAUAUAUAUUUAGAAUUAAAUAGUUAAGAAUUGGUAACUUAACGCAAUUUCACUUUAGUUUCUUGCUAACUUUGAAAAUAUUAUAAAAACGUAAGAAAUAUACAUUAGAAAGUAAAAAAUGUAAUAUGUUACUUUAAAUAUUAAAAGAGAUUGUAAAGAAUGAUUUGUAAGUGGGAAUCAAUGAUAUCAAGCAAGAACCUUCUGAAUUUGUGCAGUCUAAAAGUGAGAGUGAACUUUUGACUUUAUUAACUACGCAUUGUGAUUUACCGACCUUGAAAGAAGAAAGUGCUGUUCUUCCAAGCUAUUUGGAUCAGCUUAUAAAAUAUAUUUUUUGUAAU